GAGGGAAACAAUUUCUUUCAUUCUCUGGGCUGCAGAAGGGGACAGAGCUCUUCAUGCACUGAACCAUAGCACUGAACGUCGCCUGCUGCUGUGUUAGGAUGUCUCUCUUUGCAAUGACUUUCCUGCUGGGAAUCCUGCAGCCUUCUUCUGCACAGUUCCCUCGAGUCUGUGCUACUUCAGAAAGUUUGCUGAAGAAGGAGUGUUGCCCGCUAUGGGAUGGAGAUGGGUCUCUCUGUGGGGAGUUGUCCAACCGAGGGUCCUGCCAAGACAUCCUUCUCUCCCAUGCUCCUCUAGGACCACAGUUCCCCUUUUCAGGGGUGGAUGACAGGGAGGACUGGCCUUCUGUGUUUUACAAUAGGACAUGCCGGUGCAAUGCCAAUUUCAUGGGAUUCAACUGUGGAGAAUGCAAGUUUGGUUUCUCGGGGCCCAGCUGUAACGAGAGGAGACUGCGAGUGAGAAGAAAUAUCUUCCAGAUAACUGCCAGGGAGAAAAAUAAGUUUCUUGCCUACCUCAAUUUGGCUAAGCGCACUCCCAGCCGGGACUAUGUCAUUGCCACUGGCACUUAUGCUCAGAUGAACAAUGGCUCAAACCCAAUGUUCAGCAAUAUCAACAUAUACGACCUCUUUGUAUGGAUGCAUUAUUAUGUCUCUCGUGACACCUUGCUAGGUGGGUCAAGCAUAUGGAGGGAUAUUGAUUUUGCCCACGAAGCUCCAGGUUUUCUGCCUUGGCAUCGACUGUUCUUACUGAUGUGGGAAAAUGAGAUUCAGAAAUUAACGGGUGAUGAAAACUUCACCAUCCCCUACUGGGACUGGCGAGAUGCCGAGGGCUGCGAUAUCUGCACUGAUGAAUACAUGGGAGGCAGGCACCCCACCAACCCUAAUUUACUGAGCCCAGCAUCUUUUUUCUCCUCCUGGCAGGUAAUCUGCAGCCAAUCAGAAGAGUACAACAGCCAGCGGGCUUUAUGCAAUGCCACCAAUGAAGGGCCUAUACUUCGAAAUCCUGGUAACCAUGAUAAAACAAGGACUCCUAGGCUCCCUUCUUCGGCUGAAGUUGAAUUUUGUUUAAGCCUGACUCAGUAUGAAUCUGGGUCCAUGGAUAAAUUGGCUAAUUUCAGCUUCAGAAACACAUUGGAAGGUUUUGCUGAUCCACGGACUGCAAUAUCAAAUAUCUCUCAAAGCAGCUUGCAUAAUGCGCUUCACAUCUACAUGAAUGGCUCAAUGUCUCAAGUGCAAGGAUCUGCUAAUGAUCCCAUCUUUAUACUUCAUCAUGCCUUUGUUGACAGUAUUUUUGAGCAGUGGCUUAGAAGACACAGACCCCUUCAAGAAGUUUACCCUGCAGCCAAUGCGCCCAUUGGACACAAUCGUGAAUAUUACAUGGUCCCAUUUAUUCCUCUCUACAGAAAUGGAGAAUUCUUUACCCCAUCAAGGGAGCUGGGCUAUGAUUAUGAAUAUCUAGCAGACCCAGUUAACUUCUUCCAGGACUAUUUGAUGCCCUACCUCGAGCAAGCCCGUCAGAUCUGGGCAUGGCUAGUUGGAGCAGCUGUGGUGGGUGGUAUAAUCGCUGCCCUGAUCACAGGACUGAUUAUUCGGGGAUGUAGUAAGAAAAGGAGAACCUCUGAAGAGACACAACCGUUACUUUUGGAAAGUGAGGAUUAUCAGAGUGUGUCUUAUCAGUCCAAUUUGUAAAGGCCACCAGUAAUCCAGCAAGA